AUGAAUUACAUACAACCGACUUCAUUUCAUGUACCAGUGCAUAAAUCUAUUGACGAUCCUUGGAUUGGAUUACUUGUCUUAUGCAUUGUUAUUUUCGUUUCAUCGAUUAUUUCUAUUAUUAUUUUAUGUCUGCAAUGGCGUCGUUAUCAACAAAGUAAACAAAUUAAUAAUGAAAAUUAUAUUCUAAGUAAUAAAUCAACAACUGGUAAAAGACAAAUACCGGUACAAAUUGAAGAUCAACAACCAAAACCUUAUGAAACACAAAGAAUGGAAGUAUUUGUUCCACCAAAUGGUGAAGAAAGAAUUCAUGCACGUUUUCCACCUCAUGAUGGUAUUCCACAAGUUCAUAAAUUUUAUGAAAGAUCAACAAAAGCUUACUUCUAA